GCCGUGGCGUCUCCAUCAGGGGACACGCGUCCCAACAAGGCAGCCGCAGAUGUCUCUCCUUGUCUCCUGUCACCGACGGCGAGAUAUGUCCAUCUUCUGCUCCGUGAAACUUUUACAUUUCACACAGCUCGAGGGAUUUGUUUUUGUUUUUAAAAAUACAGAAUAAAAGGAGCUCCGCUCGUCUUUGAAAAAACCCCCAAACAAAAAAGCAACAACCGAGAGGCAGGUUUGAGCAGAGGUGUCCAAAGGCUGCAAUGCCCUCUAAAAUGCACAACGCCGGUCGCGUAGCUCACGCCAGGCGGAUGGUGCAGCAGCUGAGGAUAGAGGCCAGCAUCGAGAGGAUAAAGGUGUCCAAGGCUUCGUCGGACCUGAUGCGUUACUGUGGGGAACACGCCAAGAGCGACCCGCUGCUCAUGGGCCUCGGCGCUUCUGAAAACCCUUUCAAGGACAAGAAGCCCUGCACGGUUUUGUAGAGCCACGCCUCGACUCCUGCUGCUUUCCUAUUUGAUUCCUAUGUGGGAAAUAAGUGACACAGGUCACAACUCAUCAAAAGGCCACGGUUACCCACCCUGUCAGCAGAAAUCUAUGGGGUAUUGUACUUUAAUGCAAACCACAGGAAUACGAAUGUCAACAUUUCUGAACCCCAAAAAAUGAAUGUCAGCCCGACAUGAUUAGUUAGCAUUAAAAAAAUCAUGGUUUGUGUUAUUUAAUUGUAAUAAAACGUCACGUAACAACUGUAACGAAUCUACUGUGAAUAAAGAACCAUCUCCAGCUGACUUUUUACAAAUGGAACAACGUCCAAACACAUGCAACGUAUCCAGCGGUUUACAGAAAGCUACAAUGCCAAGAUUUGUUCCUGGCAAAAUAAAAAAAGGCUGUUACACCAAAGAACACGCAGGAGUCUGAAUCUGAAGCCUGAGAUGAGCCAUGAAUUACAUUACAGGUCAUUUAGCUGACGCUUUUAUCCAAAGCGACUUACAUUGCAUUUUAUUGUUUUCCCAGGGAGCAAAUAGGGGUUAGGUGUCUUGCUCAAGGACACUUCGACAUGGAACAUGGAGCAGCCGGGACUUGAACUACCAACCUUGCAGUUCCUGGCGGUUAGGGUUAGGAGCACCCUCUCUACUCAAUGCGCCACGGUCGACCCCCAGAAUUCCAGACUCCCCCAUUUUUACAGCGCGUACAAACAAACCCCCUCAACAUCGGCCCGAUCAGAUCGAGGCCUUAAGCUGUCACGUCUUACUUGCAUCAGACUUCCGGAAGGAGCUGUUGUAGGUUGUGUGCUGCUGAUAACGAGCAGCCGAGGUAAUGAUAUCCUGUCGGCGGACGCUCCAACCGAGCCGUCCGUCACAUGAAAGCAGAGAGGAAAGAGCGGAGGCCCUCUGAUGCACGGCUCCUGCUUUAUUUUUGUCAUCUAGUCACAAUCAUGAUAGUUAUUCAAAAUUGGCCAUUACAUUGUUCUCUUUUUUCCUUCAAGCACAGACAGAGCAAUCAAAUUGUCCUGACAUGUACAAUUCAACCUUUGCAGAGACAAACCAUUCACUUAAAGCGUCAAUUGGAUUUUUAUUUUCAGGAUAUUGAGGAUUGAGCUAUUAAAUGUCAUGAAAUAUUAAGACCACAGAUAUAUUAUUUGGAUUAAACAGUCCAAAUGUAUACUUUUUUCUCCUUUUUUUGUAUUUGCCUAUACGUGAAUUAUCAACUCAGCCCAACUAUCUCUUAAAAGGCAAGUAAAAAGCAGCAGUAUCAACUUUUAAGAUUGCUGGUCGUUGUAUAUGACCCUUUUAUAUAUUUUUAUUCAAUUAUUGCUGAAAAUAAAGAUUCAAAACCACUGAGAUCACCAUUUCAUCAGAUCCAGCUAUUUAACAUCCCUGUGUUCUGUGUGCAGAGCCGGGAUUUACAGCUGCACUAAGCUGUCAACACCAGAUGACUGUUAUAACACACUUUUUAUUUUGUAUGUAGCUGUGACAAUAUGUCUUUUUUGUGCGUUUGGGCACAUUCAAAACAUAUAACCAGCCAGGGCCUUAUUGAUAAAGCAAUCAUGCUACAACCUUUCAAUUACCUUCUAGUUAAAUAAAGGUUGUUGUAUUUAACUGUGAAUAAGAAAGAUCCAUUGGUGAAGAGAGUAUAAGUUGUUAUUGUAUGACAUCAUAUUUCUAAAAGACUUAUAUUCAAUAACAAAUUGCAUUAAAGGAACAGUGUAUAGCAUUUAGCGGAUCUAUGGCAGAAAUUAAAUAUACUUCUACUAUUCCCUGCUGCUAAAUCCGGCCCACUGACGCUUCAGGAUAUGUCUCAAUAUGUACGCAAUAUGUCUAUGAACCCUAGUAUGCGCUUGCUUUAGCUGUUUAAUGUUCUGUAAUAGAAUUGUAGUCAUUCAGUCAAACCUCAGCCUGGAAAAAAAAUAAAAUUAAACUUUUUGGGCUAA